GUCAUUGAAAAAAUUUUAUUCCAAAAGAAUAUAAUUACAUACUAAACGACAUAUUUCUAUUUCCAAGAAGUAUUUUAACGUAUAUUUUAUUAAUUAUAAUGAAAUAUUUGUGCAUUAUCUUGCUGUUUACCUGUGUUUUGUGUAACGCCACAACGCCUUUGUAUCUGAAGCGCAUUAAACGAAAUGCCACACAGGAGCAACAUCGCCAGCAAAUACCCAAGGAUUUUGCAAUAGUUCAAAAUAAAAAGGAUACGAAAGAGGGAAAGGAAAGUGCGGAGAAGACUUCAGAGUCCAAGUCCUUGUAUGACACGGUUUUGGCUUCGUUAACUGAUAGUAAAACGCACAAACGCGAUCAAGACAUUUUGAAUAAAAAUCAAUCGGCAAAUUAUUCUAAAAUUGGAUACUCUAAAAAUAAGUCGAAGAAUGAUGACAAUGUCAAUAUUAUAAGCGCUCGUAUUGUGCUUCCGUCUGAGCCAAUUAAUUCUGAUUCAUUGAAUCCUUUCGAUCAAAUGAUGCGCUAUGCAAAUGUGUGGUGGUACAAUGCCGGAUUGGAAACCGAUCCAGCUGAAUUCUCUCAAGCCAAUCACGAAGAUCCCCCAUCUCCACUCAAAUCUGGUCAAACAAAUAUGGCAAGAAACUUAAAUGUUAUGACAAGCAAUCAAUUAAGAUCUCUUUCGCGGGAUGGUGCCUAUGAUCCAAUGGGACUAUUUGACAAUACUCUUAAUGAGGAAACCUUCUAUUGCCCCAUACAUCACAAUAAACCGAUAUUAGGAAACAAUAGGCUGCAUCAUUUACAAGGUGCAAAUGCUUUCCACAAAGACGAUGGGGAAGGAGUCGUACAGGUUUGUUCCUGUCAUUUCAUCAAGAAUUCCGAUAACAAAAACUCCAAGGAUCUCAAAUAAUUUUAUAUAUUUUUUCAAUAAAUAUUAUAUCUUAUAUUUAUUUUUUAUAAAACAA